AUGUCAGACCGAUCACUAGCCUCACGGGCUCAUAGUGCUGCGACGCUUGGUUCUAUCCCUUCAGAAGUCCUGCAGCAGAUCUUCUAUUUCAGCACAAGCCCGAGCUUCUUUCAACUUAUUCAAGUUAACCGCAAAUUCUUUUCGUUGGCAUCGCAAAGUCGAGAGGUCAUCCUCCAUCAUCUCCGCCAUGUUCCCGGUAUAAAGCUAGGUCUGGAGGACCAUUCCAUCUCCACCAGUGAUCUCUUCCUUAUCUUCCGUCAACGCGCGGCUUCGCAUCUCUAUGGCGUCAACUUCACCGCGGAUUGUCGGAGCUGGGGACUCUCCCACCGUAGCGUGGGUUCCAUAGAUUCCCGAGCUUCAUGCCUCGGCGUUGAAAGCGAGUGGGGGAACAACGUGUGUCUAGUCCUGAAAAACAGUCUUCGAAUCCGACUGAACUGGCACAAUGACCUACCUGGUGAAAGCAUUGAGUCGCCCUACGCUGACGGUCGUGCGAAGAUCGUCCAGGUUGUACAGAAGAGCCAUUACAUCACUGUGUUGUAUGCCUGGUCGCCACCUGAAGAAGAUCCCGCCAAUGAUACGUCCCAUCCCGAGCCGACGAUGGUCAGGGCCUCCGUGAAAGAGGUUCUCGAAGACAGCAAAGGCAGACAUUUGUUUCCUCGAUAUGGCUGGCCUUCAUCGUCCAAGCAGAAUAGUCAAUCCAAAGCCUCCUCCUCCCUGCCUCGUAUCCGCUACCACAUCCUCCAUUACGACAUGUUCAGGAGCGACCGGCCAAUCUUCUUCCCCAUCCCAACACACAAGUCCAUACAUAACAAUCUCCUAGUUCCCGUCCAUCUAGCGGUCCACAACCGUCUCCAGUGCGCCAUUCUGUGGGACCUCCCAGAUGCAAUGACCCCGACGAUGGAUACUACAGUCUGUCUCUACACGACCGACCACCUCCCGCGGUAUGAGCAAGGCGAAUACAGUGUCUGGGUUCUCUACCCCUUUGACCGGCCAACCCCGAUUUAUCGAUCAGGGUCAGGCGACCGAUUCGAUUUGGCGCGGGAGAAUUCAAACGACGACAUUGAUGGAACUGGAACCACCUACACUGUCACCUGCGUGCGUGAAAAAUUUAACCGCAGCGGCUACGAUGUUGGGCAGGAUCUGCGUCUUUUGAAUUUUCCUCUGCGACCGCGCAGUGUCGCUUUUUUUAAAGACGGCCGGCGUCUAUCACUUUAUGCCCCCGGAUCGACCGUGCCAUUUACGACGUUGUUGGCCAACGAGACAAUCCGCAACCGAGCUUUCAGUCCCAUGCUGUCUCCUGUGGGCUACCCGUCGCACGGCGAUUCAUUACAUAUGAGGCGAAUGGAAGAUCUGCGUAGGCGCAUCCGUCGGACAAACCACACUUCCAUCUACGGCAACCACUUCACUCUCGGUCUGCCAUUCUUCAACACACAUGAGACUGUCGCCCGCCCAGACAACCCGGAACUGGACAUCACUCUGCCCGAGGUGGAAUGUUUGACACACAUGCUCUGCGUUGGCACGGCGAAGAUCCCAACGCUUCGAAUCCACACCGCGGGCGGUGUCGUUACUGAGACCGGUCCACAGGUGCUCACGAUUGUGCAAAUCCGCAAGCGCGUACUCUAUGAUCUCUGUCCACAUAUCAGACAAAGAGAUGAUUUGCCCACCUUGCCCCGACCACCGCGAGAGCACCGGAGAAGACGACACCUGAAUAUCCAUCUACAUCCCAACGCUGAAGCCAUGCCCGACGUCAUUAUUGCCCCUGAAGUCGGAGACGAUGACGACGACAUCGGCAAUAAUAUCGACAACGAGUCCGAACCAGACGUCGACAUGCUCUCCGAUACAGACGUCGACGACACAGAUGCCGAGGCCUUGGAGGGGACGGAUCUGCGCGUCGUGGCAAGAUUGUGGGGAUGGGCACCUCAUUGCUCGACACUAACGGGACAAGACACUAUAAGCAUAUCGUCCAGAGGAGAGAGGAUCGCGGUUGCGCAAUGGGAUCGGGUGCUUGUUUAUGCCUUGAACCCGGGGGAGCUCUGCGACGAGGCGUGGGACGAGGGCAAUGAGAGUGACGACGCCAUCAGUGAAGGGGACAGUAGUUCGGAGAGCGGCAGCGACAGCGAGAACGAGGACGACGGCGGUGGCAGCGUGAUGAGUGGAGUGGAAGACGUAGUCAAUGGGGCCGAGAACCAGGACCCCGGGAAUGGCAAUGGAAACGACAACCCCAACGACGGAGCUCAACAUCCUCUCGCACCUUCAGACCAUUCACCGGCCAUUUCGAAUCCUGGCACGGUCCCUUCGCCUGUAGAACCACCGAAACCAGCUGAAUCUGUCGCUUCAAGCACAUCCACGUCGCUCUCAGGCUUAUUUUGCUUUUAUCCGCACGUGAAGGACAGCUUCCUUGGUGGAGGGGUGGUUGAGCUCCGUCCGAUCGUGUUGAAGAUGGAUGGUGGAGCGGUCGUACGGAAGAUGAGCUGGGCGUUAGGGAGGCCCGUCCGAGUUGACGAGGAUCGCACCAACGACACAGGAGAAAUGUACCACAGGGGCGAAGAGACGAAAGGAGUGGCAGCUGAAAAGGGCGGCACGGUGAAAGAGAAGGAAAAGGAAGAGGACGCUGGGGCUUUAGCGAGCAACAAUACAGCACGGCUAACUCCCCUGCGGGAAGAUACUGAAGGUGGGCGCAAUGACAAUACUAGGGCGUCAGCGGAUGUUAGAAGGUCCAACCCCCCCGAUCAACCUCAGGCGUCCGAACUACUACAAUCCCAGGACCAAUCAUCACCAAAGUCAGAUUUGCAGACUGAAACCCUUUCAAAGAAUACCUACAUCAAGGUCCAAGAAGAGGGAUCGGGCUUUCUCCCUAGUGAAAUACCACCAUCACCGUUUUCGGAUGCCAGAUUGACCGGACAGAUCAAACAUAUUGCUCAUCCUCCUGACCAUCACAGUUCUCCCAGCAAAGUUUUCCUUGGUCCUCCUCCUGAGCUAAGACCUCCAAGUCCAGCUGACGUAGACUUAAUCAAAGGCAAAGAAGCCGAGUCGAUGGAGGCAUCAGCUGGGGAAGUCAGGAAGCGGUCUCAAGAUAUGACAACAGAUCACGAACAGGCAGGGCCCUCGGCCGCAGAGCUGUCUGAAUCGGUAGCCUCCGAAUCGACGCCACCAUACAAGCGCAAAAGGGAGCCGCGGAAGAGGGUGGCCGAGAAUGAGCUAAUCGUAUUGACUGAUAGAGGGUUGCAAAUCUGGGAUCUCAGUGUCUGGGGGAAAGGCAGGCGAUUGCGUUGUGAGCUUCCUGGAGAUGAUAUUCUGCUUUAG